CACCCCCUCGGAAGGUGCUGCCGCCUGGCCAGCAGGAAGGGGUUAACCCGCCUGCCUGCGCUGCCUCCUGUGUCCUGUUACUGCUGAGGCAGACCUGCCCGGCCAGCCGAGCAACUUUCCUCCCGGCCGGCCGGGCGCCCAGGAGACCAGCGGACCAGGGGCAGAGCUCAGCCCAUCCUGGGGACCCUGCCGCGCCCUGCCCUUCCGAGGGCUCUGCGCCUCCUGGGAGAGGGUGGGGUUCCGGGACGAGGGUCCGUGGUGGAUGGCUCUGGGGGCGCCCCUGAAGCCGUGCCGUCCCCCCGCCCUGCAGCUCGGAGGGUCACUGCAGAGGCUGCUUGUGGUCCUGGGGCGGGGACCCGCGGAGCCAGCACCAGAGACCCAUGUGGAACCCAAGGACGCAGCCGCCCUGCUGAGCGCACGGCGGCCCCUCCCCGGAAACCGUGACCUCGCGACGGCGGUGGCCAUCGGCCCUCCACCCCCGGCUGGGGCGGGGGGCGCCCCUCUCCACGUCCCCAGCCAUGACGACCUCGGCGCUGCGGCGCCAGGUGAAGAACAUCGUGCACAACUACUCGGAGGCGGAGAUCAAGGUGCGCGAGGCCACCAGCAAUGACCCCUGGGGCCCGCCCAGCUCGCUCAUGUCCGAGAUCGCCGACCUGACCUUCAACACGGUGGCCUUCGCCGAGGUCAUGGGCAUGCUGUGGCGGCGGCUCAACGACAGCGGCAAGAACUGGCGGCACGUGUACAAGGCGCUGACGCUGCUGGACUACCUGCUGAAGACGGGCUCGGAGCGGGUGGCUCACCAGUGCCGGGAGAACCUCUUCACCAUCCAGACGCUGAAGGACUUCCAGUACGUCGACCGCGACGGCAAGGACCAGGGCGUGAACGUGCGCGAGAAGGUCAAGCAGGUGAUGGCGCUGCUCAAGGACGAGGAGCGCCUGCGGCAGGAGCGGACCCACGCCCUCAAGACCAAGGAGCGCAUGGCGCUGGAGGGCAUGGCCCUGGGCAGCGGGCAGCUGGGCUUCAGCCGCCGCCAGGGCGAGGACUUCGGCCGCGCCCGGGGCUCCCCGUCCUCCUACAAUUCUUCCUCCUCAUCCCCCCGCUACACCUCAGACCUGGAGCAGGCGCGGCCCCAGACGUCGGGAGAGGAGGAGCUGCAGCUGCAGUUGGCUCUGGCCAUGAGCCGCGAGGAGGCAGAGAAGCCAGUCCCCCCAACCUCCCUCAGGGACGAGGACCUGCAGCUGCAGCUGGCCCUUCGCCUGAGCCGGCAGGAGCACCAGAAGGAGGUGAGGUCCUGGCGGGCAGAGGACUCCCCCAUGGCCAAUGGCGCCGGGGCUGCAGCCCACCGUCGGAGGGAAAGAGAGCCCGAGAGAGAAGAGAAGAAGGAGGAAGAGAAGCUGAAAACCAGCCAGUCCUCCAUCCUGGACUUGGCGGACAUCUUCGCGCCCACCCCUGCCCCGCCUUCCACACACUGCUCCGCCGACCCGUGGGACAUCCCAGGUCUCAGGUCCAACCCAGAGCCCAGCGGCUCCUCCUGGGGGCCUUCGGCGGACCCCUGGUCUCCGGCCCCCGCGGGAAGCGUCCUGUCCCGCAGCCAGCCCUGGGACCUGCCCCCUACGCUGUCCUCCUCUGAGCCCUGGGGCCGGACCCCAGUGCUGCCUGCUGGAGCCCCCACUACCGACCCCUGGACACAGAACUCCUCCCCCAGCAAGCCCCCCAACACUGGGGCUGACCCCUGGGGGGCCUUGGUGGAAGCGCCCAGCACACCUGCUCUAGGUGGCACCUCGGCCUUUGACCCAUUUGCCAAACCUCCAGGAUCCACAGAGACCAAGGAGGGGCUGGAGGGUGCCCAGGCCUUGCCCUCGGGGAAACCCAGCAGUCCCGUGGAGCUGGACCUGUUUGGAGACCCCAUCCCCAGUUCCAAGCAGAAUGGCACCAAGGAGCCAGAUGCCUUUGACCUAGGCAUCGUGGGGGAAGCCCUCACCCAGCCCAGCAAGGAGGCCCGAGCUCGCACACCGGAGUCCUUCCUGGGCCCCUCAGCCUCCUCGUUGGUCAACCUUGACUCCUUAGUCAAGACACCCCAGGCUGCAAAGACCCGGAACCCCUUCCUGACAGAUCUCAGCGCUCCAUCCCCCACCAACCCAUUUGGUGCAGGCGAGCCGGGCAGGCCAACCCUGAACCAGAUGCGCACCGGGUCGCCGGCACUGGGCCUGGCGGCCGGCAGGCCCUUGGGGGCGCCCUUGAGCUCCAUGACCUACAGCACCUCCCUGCCGCUCCCCCUCAGCAGCGUGCCGGCCGGGGUGACCCUCCCCGCCUCCGUCAGCGUCUUCCCGCGGGCCGGGGCUUUCACGCCGCCGCCCGCCAGCCUGCCGCCCCCGCUGCUGCCCGCGUUGGACUCGGCAGGGCCGCUCCUCCCGGUCCCCGCCCCGCAGGCCGGCACCAACCCCUUCCUCUGAGCACCGGACCGCCGACCUGCUCCCCAGAUUUUGGGGCCAGGCUAGGAUCUGCUGGGGAAGCCCGGACCGGCCAAGACUCCACCCCAAGGCUAGGGCACCCCGGAGGUCCUGGGAGGUCCUGGAGCUAGAGACUGAAGACUGCUCGGGCCGAGACCACGUCCUGCAAUAAAGACUGGACCCCAGGGUCUCGGCUCUCACCACGCGGACUCUCUGCGGGACGUGGCGGCCCGGUCUGGACCACACCGCACAUCCCCGGCUGCUGUGGGAAUCGCUCCACAACGUGGGGCUCAAACACGCUCCCCCGCCCCGCACAGCCCCCUCCGCCUGGCACGUUGGCUCCCAGAUGGAGCUCCCUCAGCGCUCCCUCACUGGACCAUCUUCAUUCAUUGGUCACACACAGGCGUUGGGGUGAUGGAAUAGCCAGGAACCCAUGUAUUACACACCCACGUGCUAAGCACUUUAGACAGGUUACUUCCUUUAAUUCCUGCCACCGCCCUCUGGAGUAGGUAACGUGACUCCCCUUCAGAGCUAGCUCCGUGACUUGUGGGGCCCAGCCCAAAAGGGAAACGCAGGGCCCCUUGCUCAGAACACGAUUAAGAAUGUCAAAAUGCGGACAGCAGAGCAUUAAGCCAAGUGCAAAACCCAUUUUACAGAGGAGGAGACUGAGGCUCAAUGUCACAAUGCUAGCACAGAGCGGGGCUGGGACUCCGCGUCAGACAGUUCGGCUCCACUGGCUUGGAGGUCCCAGGCCGCACAGCGGGUUUAAUUGGGAAAUAUUGACCGACUGUCUCGAACCAAGUGCUGGCUUGACUGUGAAGAAACCACGAAGCAUCACACCAAGCCCACAGCCUCCCCGAGCUCCGAACCCAGCGGGGGGCAGGCGAGCCAGGUACAGGGGCCCCCAGCUCCUGGGCUUCACUGAGUCACCUUCAAUCUGGCGCUCCCCCCCACCCUCCCUUUCGCGGGGCUGGCGAUGAACUCCAUCUCAGCCGUGCAGACGGAGCCUGAGGCUUAUGUGGGAUCUGGGAAACCAAGGCGGGGGAUGGGGGGGGGUGUUGCCUCAUCCUGGGGAGCACCCUGGUCACCCUCCUUCCUUUUCUACUCAAUGCUCUCCAACCACUGGACCACCAGGCACUGAGGCGUCCUUAGUGCUCAGGGCCUGGCCCCCCCUUUGGGGGGCAGGGAGAAAAUAGCCUUCCCCUGGCUGGAAACGCCAAAGCUGGGGUUUCGGGAGGCACACAGUGCUGCUCUCCUCCCGAAGGCUGCGCUCUGUGGAGCAGGGAGUCCCACCCUGGCUGUGACAGGCAGCCUGGACAAGAGCACCUACGUAGGAGUCAGACUGACAGGAGUUCAAAGCUCUGCUCCGAGAUUUGCACACAGUGACACUAACACCAUAAUCACUCGGUAAUAAGUGGUUAUGCUCCCUGGCCUCGAGUAAAGUGCGUAACCUCU